AUGACAAUGAUGAAGAUGAAUAUGAAAAUGAUGAACAUGAACAUGAACCUGAACAUGAAUAAUAAUAAUACUAUGGAAGAAGAAAAGAAGGAACAAGAGGAACAACGCGAGAUGGUGGUUGUGACGGGCUACAAGCGUUCUGGUACGUCGUUGAUGAUGGCAUUGGUGGAACACUUGGGCGUGGAUUUGUGUUACUGCGAAGAGUUUGAAGCGGCAUUGAAGGAACACCAUGGCGGAAAGAACGAUUUCUACUAUGAAGAUGCCAAACUAUCGGCCAAAAAAGCCAACGGCGAAGUCUGGUGCGAUGGCGCUGUCAAAAUGUUUUCCCACGUCGUCACGCACAAUGUCAAGCAAGCACCUCCUCAUUUGCAGUCCAACGUGAAAGUCAUUUGGAUGAAACGCGAUCCCGCGCUGAUUGAACGCAGCAUUCGUCGUUACAAGAAACCCAAUACCAAAUAUGUGGGACCUGGAGGACAUUCGUCUUCCACCCUAGAAGAUGAACUGGAAAUCAUUGCGCAGUUGGACGAGUUCCACCAAGAAGCACAGCGAGAACUCGACUUGCAGACCAUUCAGUUUGAAGAUUUGCUCCAAGAUCCAUUCCAAGUCGCACAGAUGGUCGCAGACUUUCUGGGUAGACCUUAUGACAGUGACAAGGUUCAUCAGUACUUGAAACUUGUCAACACACAACGAGGAAACAAGGAAAACAACAAGCCAACCAACAGCAACAGCAACAUCAGCAGCAAUGACAGCAAACACGAAGAAACCAAGACCAUGUCCUAA